AUGUCACAGGUUAAGUCGGCGGAUAACUCAGACUCAUGGAGACAGCUAUGGCAACUAGCUUCUCGAGCAGUCGGUCUUCCUAGUGCCAGUCGUACCGCCAGCGUACUCUUGCACACUGUGCUUGAAAGAAACCUUGUACUUUACCACGAUGUUUCCGAUGACAUCAACAGCAUUGUCACGACUGCCGACGUCAACGGCCCAGCACUCUUGGUGGACUCCUCCAUUACCCUCAUGUCUCACCUACGGUCCCUAAGAAACGUCAAGCUGCCCAACGCAAGCCAGUCCACAAAUCAUCACGUUAUUCGAUGGAUCUUCCGGAGAUGGAAUCCAGCCGACUGGAGCUAUGCUCGCGACUACUCUAUCCACGCUCCGAUUCAUGAACUUACCAACCUGAUCCGGGCUUGCUGUGGCUCACGACUUUUGACCUCGACACCUUUGACAGUGUCUGGAGGGUCCAUUUGCGAGGUUUGGAAGGCACAGUACCGCACAGCAGUCCUAACACGAUACCUCCUUCUGCUGGAUGCACCACCGUCAUCGAAGCCACGUACCCUCACAAGCUGUCGUUCAAGCACUUCUGAAUCAGUCCAAGUCAACGAUGCCUCUUUUCAUGCCUCAAAGAGACUAGUAUUGGAGCUCCUGUUCCCAAAGAUCGAGGAAUUGCAGGACCUCUGCGACUCGUGGGCGAGAAAGGGGUCAGAGGGAGGCGCUCCCAUGUCAUCAGACCGACUUCACAGCCUCUUCUCUGCAAAUAUCAUAGGCAUCCUCCUUGCCACCCAGCUUGUCGACUUGAACUCGGGCCAGUCACGGGAUAUCGAGAGUCUCCUGGCCAAGCUUUCCGAGGCCAGCAUCAGUGCUGCUUCGAACUCGAGUGACAACCUUAGUUUCGAGCUUUUGUUGAGAACAAUACGGCCGGUGCUUCCGUCACUUAACACAACAGGCAUCAACAGUCUUGAGGAGAAUGCUCCACUGUUGAGGUUGGUCUCGACACUGGCAGCAAGCGUGGAAGAGAGAUCCUUGCGGCAAUCCUCGGGACAGGAUCAGGAUCUUAUGGAUGUGGACGAUGAUUUCGAUUCACAGGAGAGCAGAGUCAGCGUUACGGUAUCCGAGGUCCCUCGCUCGAGCAUCUCCAUGAGUCUAGACGGGGAAGCAUUCUCACACGAAACUAUCCAGCGUCUAUACCAUUGUGCGUCGAUGCAUAAAGACAAUGGGAAGGUGUUCAUGGAACAGCUUUUGUCGCUCCCUGACAAGGCGUUCCUGUUGUGUAGCACCUUCAUCUCAGAACUCUUCGAGUCUGACUUGCCAAUCAGUGAGGAAGACGCGAUGGAAGUCGUUGGAAAAAUAGGCGACAUCAUGGGCGAGCCCGAAUACUCCUGUUGCGAAGUAGCCCACUCGGCCAGCUUGAGGAUUCUACAAAGCCUCAUGCCGGUCUGUAAGGACGACGAACAACCCGUGGCCAAAAUGUUCGGCGACUUGUACCAUCAUUUUGUCAGCAAAUAUUUGCCCAACAACCUCCUUUCCCCAGUAUCGCAGAUGUCUCUCUCGAGCUUGCUGCUUGCGCUUUUGAGGACCAACCCACAGUAUGGCAGCAAUCUUGGCCUAGACUCUUGUCGAACGACUUUACUGUCAAUCAUGCAAAGCGGCACGCUACCCGUCAAGUUCUUCAUCGGGUCCGCUUUACCAGACGUAUUCGGCUCCUACGUACUUAAGAUGCAUGACGAUAUCUUCGUCGACGUUCUGAACAGUCUUCCUACCAACUCCCAAGACCUCGAAGGCAUCGCGUUCCGCCUCUUUGUGCUGUCCCAGCUCGCAUGCCGCUGGCCAACCCUGCUGAGGAGAUGCACGUAUCACAUAUUCGAGACGCCGGGGAAUAUCAUGCAGUCCAGUCAGUAUGCCAAACGGUGUCUGGAAACGGUUUCGGAAGCCCUGUGUCUGUCCUCUUCUCAAGAGUUAUUCAGAAUAUUUAGUCCCCAGCUGCUAUACACAUGGCUUGCUCCCCCCGACAACGACGAAAACGCCACAGCUAUCAACAAAAUCGAGGACAUCCCCUAUGAGAUUUUUGGCUUCGCGACUCUUGAGGCCCUUCUGCGAGAAGCACAGACCGAGACGACAGCGUUGCAGAUCAUGCGACGUAGCUACAAGGACGUCGAGUCUCUUUCCAAGCGAAUGGGUACCUCCCUGGUCGACAUGGUGACACAAGGAUUCACAAAGAUCAUGGCAUACGCGAUUGCACAUGAGCUCAGCACGCCUAUCUCUAUAGGCGAAGAAGGCGAAACCGGCGAGACGUGGGUUCGAAACCUUUUGGGCAACGAACCAUUCCUCGAUCAAAUUUACUUGAACUUUGCCGACAUUGUUGCCCUGUUGCUGGAUCUUUUUGAUCAAGAAGACCCCAUCGAGAAGCAUCUCUCUAGAGAUAAGAGCUUCGAAUACGCCUGUGAGGCAUUGGACGAGAUGAAGCAGUUCUCUCAGUCGACAACCGCCCUACCGCCUAACCAACAACCCAUGUUCAGGGCGAAGUACCUCACCAGAGAGCUGUUCCAUUUGUGUCGCCUGACGGAGUACGAGCUCCAAGAGCUAUGGACACCAGCUUUGGUUGUCUCGGUCGUCCGAAGAAUUUUCAAUACUGUCCACCCUGCCUUGGGCUCGUUUCACGCCUGCUCCGUGCUGCGCAAAGUCAGAGUUGUGAUUGCUCUUGCUGGCCCCGUUGCGUUGGAAGCUUAUCCUCUGGAAAUGCUGCUUUCAUCCGUCCGGCCGUUCAUUGUGGACUCGGAAUGCGCCGACGACGCACUUGGUGUGAGUCGGUAUCUCAUCACGAAAGGGGCUUACCAUCUCGAGCAAACCCCAUCCUUUCUUGCUGGUUACGCCUUGUCUACUCUAGCAUCUCUCAGAGUUUUCCUCGAGUCCAGUCAGUCGAGCACAACCCAAGAAAGUCAAUUUAAGGCGACCCUGAGCAAAGCCCAGACUUUCCACUCAUGGUUUAGUUCCUAUCUGACUGGCUACGACUCGACCAACUUUGCCGAUGAGCAGCAACGGGAGGCAUUCCGCUUAAUCACCCUGUCUGCUUCCAAAAUUCGAUCUUCAGGAAACGCCGAGAAGGGCACGCACGAGAGCACCCUGCUGAUGGAGAUUCUCAGGGAUGGCGAACGCGAGUCGAAGCUCCUGAACGAGGCAGCUCGUGAUCUAGCACUUGGUUUACUGUGUGGAGAUUUCGCUGUGCCUACGACGGGCCGUCAAGAUGUAAUUUCCGACGACGAGGAGGCUCUACGGCACACCGGGCUCGUGUGGAAGAGCUGCAAUGCAUUGGCUCUCAGUGACGAGUACCUUGCCUGGGCAGGCCGCGUUGUGGGCAGGUCUUUCGCCGCUUCAGGAGAAAUCCAAGCCGAACUUUUGGAAGAGUCCGAGCUAUCACAGUACAACAGGAUUGCACCAGGAGCUAAUGACUCCGAGAAGGGACUGCUGAGUCUACUGCAACAACUCACUCAGAGCAAGGAAUCUGCCAUCGGAGGCUUGGCCGAAUCGGCCCUGAGGGCAGUCGUAUCAGAAGCAGCAGCGCAGGAAGACGGAGCGUUAGUCUCUGCCGCCCAGCAGACCUUGGCCGAAUCCUUGUACUUGGCCUCCGCUUGGGCUCAAUAUCGCACGCCUCCCUCCGACUUUGUCCUGUCUCCGAUUGUUCCUGAUUCGCAAGUCUUCUUCCGGGAUCAUGUGGAGAGUUCCGAUUGGGUCCAACAGCUCGCCGUUCACCUUGCGCAGUCGGUUUCCGAGUACAUUGUCCUAAGCGCGCUGGUGCCAAUUCUCAAGAACGUCAAAGGUUUUGCCCAAGAUGCAUUCCCAUUCAUCGUCCACCUAGCCUUGUACAGUCAACUGGAUAAGCAGCCCCAUAUCAAGCGCAACUUGUCGGAAGCCGCCAAAGAGUGGCUCAAGAUCGAGGACGAUGCUGCGCGGACGAACCAGAAGCAGCUUAUCAACACAAUAUUAUACCUCAGAACACAGUCCAUUCCCCAAGAAACAUCCAUCGCGGACCGGGUAUCGUGGCUUGAUGUCGAUUUCGCUGCCGCUGCCGCUGCCGCCUCGCGUUGCGGUAUGUAUAAGACCGCCUUACUGUUUACUGAGGUAGCCGCCUCUCAGACGGUUCGGUCGUCUAGGCGAUCAUCUGCGAUCCGCGAGGAUGAUUCUACUGAAGUCCUUCUUUCGAUUUUUGAGAAUAUUGACGAUCCUGAUGCCUACUAUGGCCUCCCACAGUCCCCCGAUUUCUCAAGUGUGCUAGCUCGAUUGGACUACGAAAAGGACGGCUCCAAGAACUUAGCCUUCCGAGGAGCUCAAUACGACAGUCACAUUGAGAGAAGAGACCCUGCAUCACAGGUGGACAGCCAGUGUCUUGUCAGAGCUCUUGGCACUUUGGGUCUGGCGGGUCUCUCUCAUUCCUUGUCACAGACGCAGCAGAGCCACGACGGAGAUGAAGCUUCUUUGGAGGACACUUUCCACACAGCACGCCGACUGCAGCUAUGGAAUCUGCCUGUCCCAUCAACCUCCGGUAACUGUGCCGUAGCCAUCUACAAGGCGUAUCAAAAUGUCCAACAAGCCACUGACACGCUUUCUGUGCGCAAUGCCAUUUACGCCGGCUUCAGCCAGACCAUGCGCAGCCUUGUCAGUCGCGGCUUGAAUGCAGCCAACCUUCGGCAGCAUCUCGGCGCUCUCGCGGUUUUAACUGAGCUUGACGACAUUGCCAAUGUGGCUGACUUUUCUGAGCUGGAGAGUAUGCUUGGCAAGUUCGAACGACGUGGCCAGUGGAUGAGGCGCGGAAGCCAAAAGCCCAAGGUUCGCGCCCAGGCGUUGUCAACAGCCGAAGCCAGACAAAUCGAAAUCAGGUCCAUGCUGAUGUCCUCGGGUAUCUACCGCUUCCAUCAAGCAACACAAGAGUGCCUGAAUCUGUCCACCUCACUUGUGCACUUGAUCGGUCCGUGCGACGAACUAGGUAUCAAGGUGGAUGCCGCCAUCAAGAUUGAGACAGCCAACUCACUGUGGGAUCAUGGAGAGAUGAUCCACUCCAUUCGCAUGCUGCAAAAUAUUGAUAGCGACUCAUCCCUCAAGAAGCAGACAAUUCCAGUCAGCCGUUCAGAUCUCCUGUCGAAAAUUGGCUACCAGGUGUCGGUAGCCAAAUUGGAGAAACCUCAUGACAUCCAGAAAAACUACCUCGAACCCGCUCUCAAAGAUCUUAAAGGGAACAGCCAGGGACAGCAAGCUGGGCAUGUCUACCACCAAUUCGCCAUGUUCUGUGACGAACAGUUGCAAGACCAAGACAAUUUGAAAGAUCUUGCCAGGCUGCAGACCCUGCGCAAGGGCAAGAGUGACGAAGUCUCUCAACUUCAGGAUCUCAUAUCGAACACCCGCGAUCCCCAUCUCAAACAACGAUACCAGGGUCACCUGAACCGCGCUCGCCUAUGGCUAGGACUUGACGAGCAAGAGCUCCGCCGCACGGAGCAGACGAGAGGCGAAUUUGUGCGACUCAGUCUGGAGAACUAUCUCCUUUCACUUACCGCCUCUGAUGAGCACAAUAAUGAUGCGUUACGGUUCACGGCUCUCUGGCUGGAGCGGUCCGAGGAGCCAGCUACCAAUGAGGCUGUCAAGAAACACCUCGACAAGACGCCCACGAGAAAGUUUGCAACGCUGAUGAACCAGCUCUCUUCUAGACUACAGGAUCAGCCGAGCUCGCCCUUUCAGAAGCUCCUGAUUCAGCUCGUCUACAAAAUUUGUCUGCAGCAUCCGUACCAUGGGAUGUACCAGAUCUGGUCAGGCACAAAGGUUAAGACCCGCAAAGAGGAUCAAGUGGCAGUUCUGAGACUCAAAGCCACGGAAAAGGUGGCAUCGCUGCUGCAGUCUGCCAAGUCCGUCGCGGCAACCUGGCAAGCGAUCGACAGGACGAGCUCUUACUACCAUCGCCUGGCUGUCGACCGAGAUUCGAACAAGUUCAAGGCUGGACAAAAGAUGGCGCUCAAGGACGUCUACUCGGCCCAAUCGCUUCAAAAUGCACUGGCCAAGUACAAGAUCCCGCCCCCGACUAUGCAGCUCGAAGUGUCAGCGACCAUGGACUACUCGGACGUCCCCAUCAUCUCAAAGCUAGACCCGCAAAUGUCAAUUGCGUCUGGAGUCAGCGCACCAAAGAUCAUCACGGCAGUCGGAAGUGAUGGCAAGAAAUAUCGCCAACUUGUCAAGGGUGGCAACGACGAUCUCCGUCAAGACGCCAUAAUGGAACAGGUCUUCGCGGCAGUGUCGGAUCUUCUUAAACUACAUCGCUCGGCACAGCAGAGAAACCUUGGGAUCCGCACGUACAAAGUCCUUCCUCUCACGUCGGCAUCUGGGCUGAUCGAGUUUGUUCCUAACACCAUUCCACUGCACGAUUUUCUUAUGCCAGCCCACGAGAGGUACUUUCCCAAAGACCUCAAGGGCUCUCAAUGCAGGAAAGACAUUUCGAAUGCGCAAGGCAAGACUGUCGAGCAUCGAAUUACCGCUUAUAGGAAAGUCAUAGAGAAGUUCCAUCCCGUGAUGAAAUACUUCUUCAUGGAGAACUUUGUCGAUCCUGAUGAGUGGUUUGCCAAGCGCCUCGCGUACACGCGUACAACUGCGGCUAUUUCAAUGCUUGGCCAUGUGCUCGGUCUCGGCGACAGGCACGGCCACAACAUCCUGCUAGAUAGCAAGACGGGCGAGGUUGUGCAUAUCGACCUGGGUGUCGCAUUUGAGAUGGGUCGCAUCCUUCCCGUGCCAGAGCUCGUCCCGUUCCGGCUGACACGAGACAUUGUGGACGGAAUGGGCAUUACUGGGACUGAGGGCGUCUUCCGGCGCUGCUGUGAGUUCACACUGCACGCCUUGCGUGAGGAGACAUACUCGAUCAUGACGAUACUCGACGUCCUUCGUUACGAUCCUUUGUACUCAUGGUCCAUUUCUCCCGUCCGCUUGGCAAAACUACAGAGAGAAGUACAGGGAGAAGAAUACAACAGGGACGACGACGAAGGCGAGGAAGACGGUAGGAAGGGUAAGAAGGGGCAGCAGGUCAAUGAGCCGUCGGAGGCCGAUCGGGCUUUGGAGGUGGUUCGGAAGAAGCUCUCAAAGACGUUGAGUGUAACAGCGACGGUCAACGACCUGAUUAACCAAGCGACCGACAUAAGUAAUCUUGCCGUCCUCUACUCUGGAUGGGCAGCGUAUGCAUAG